AUGGUCGAUACAGUCGGCAUGGGCUAUACGGAGCGGCGCAAGAUCAACGAGGAAAUUGUGGCAGAGCGGAUUGGAUUCCGCGAUGGUUUCCGACAAAUGCUCGAAUCUGUCAAGCAUCCAUUCGAGGAAAUGAAGGAGCUUACACGCCGCGAUGUGAAGUUAGACCCAGGCUUCAAGGAGUUCCAUGCGUUUGCCAAGGAAAACCAAAUCCCGAUCGUCGUGGUGUCAUCUGGCAUGACGCCGAUCAUCCGUGCCAUUUUCUCGAAUUUGAUUGGCGAGGAAGAAGCUGGCAAGCUUGAUAUCAUUUCCAAUGAUGUCGAGUUUACGGACGCUGAAAAGGAAGGCAAGACUUGGCAGAUCAAGUACCGCCACCCAGACAAUUCGUACGGCCACGACAAGUCACUCAGCAUUCUGCCGUACCGCGAUCUUCCCAACCGGCCUCUCCUGUUCUUCGCUGGCGAUGGCAUCUCUGACAUGUCAGCUGCUCGUCAUGCAGAUGUCCUCUUUGUCAAGGACAAGAAGGACAACGAUCUCGCCCGCUACUGCGACAACAACAAGAUCGGCUACCAUCUGUUCAAGGACUGGACCGUGCCAAAGCAGAUGAUCCAGAAGUUUCUGAAUGGCGAAAUGACGCUGGAUGAAUUGGUCACACGUAAGGACUAG